CCCUCCGUUGUGUGGUCCUCGAAGAAUAGGACGCAGUCUUACUCUGCUUCUACUCACUCAGUCCGUUCUUCACUCCCACCGCGUAACAUUCGCUCCUCGCGCUCAAAAUUUAUCAUCAUAAAAAAUUUAUUACUUGAGUAAAAGUUUAAAAAUUUAAUUAAUUUUCUUAACAAGAUAAAUAAACAAAAUUAUUUUUAAUAUUAAGUAAAAAUAUAAGUGCAGUGAUUUAGUUAAAAAAAAAUUUAGUUAAAUAUAAAUAAUUCAUAUGAUUUUGAAUAAUGUCUAUCGAAGAUAUAAAUGUAGGAUGUUUUCAAAUAAUUUUAUUAUUUUUACUUGGUAUUAAUUACAUUAUUGUUGCAAUGAGUCAUACAUUAACUAUUUAUCAUAAUUACACCCCGAAAUUUUACUGCGAGACAUCAGAUGGAUUAAAUAAAACUUACGGAUGUAUUAAUAAUACAUAUGUGAAUAAUACAUUAGGAGAAAUAAAUAAAGCAAAUUCAUUUAAAAUAUGUACGACAAAUGAAUACAAUUUUUUAACAGAAAAUGGUGAAAAAAGUAUCGUUACUGAUUGGGGAUUAAUAUGUGAGCGAAGUUAUUUAAAAGAAUAUAGUAUUGUUGCAUACUGUGUUGGUGUAUCGAUUGGCGCAUGGAUCGCGGGUAUUCUUGUCGAUCGCAUUGGACGACUUCCGGUUUUAGCGAUUUGUUUAUACAGUCAGGGUACGAUGGCUGUUGCUACUUAUAUAGUUCAGAGUUACCCGGUGUUUCUAGCUCUCCGAGGACUCCAGGGAGUUUUUGCACAAGGAUUGCAAACUUCGACGUACAUUUUGGCCCUCGAAUUAUUUCCAACAAAGCUUAGGACAUUGGUCUCUUCGGUAAUGGGUGUUGCGUGGGCAUUAGGAUUAUUAUUACUUACUGGACUUAGUUACGUUAUUCCAGACUGGAGAAUUCUACAAUUAGCUGUUUCCGUACCUACUGCUGUCACUGUACUUUAUAUUUGGGUAAUUCCAGACUCUUCGAGAUGGUUACUAGCUCGUAAUAAAACAACAGAAGCAGAUAUAACACUUGAAAAAAUAAUAAAAUAUAAUAACUGUUGUCUUGGGAGUAAAGCAAGACGAGAACUAGUUGAUAGUGAAAAUGUGACUCCUGUUAAAUCUGACCGGAAGUCUCGAAUUUUUAGUGAUAGCAAUGAAAAAAGUAACACAGAUGAAGCAGUUAAUUUGCUUACACCCACAACUUCAACAAACCGUAACUCUCGAAUAAGCUUACGAGUGAUAUCGCAGAAUUUAGAGAAAAGAUUAUCGAACCCAACAGAAACAUUUAUCCAAGUUACUGAGAAUAUUCCCAAUAUAGAUAGUAGUGAAAUCUUCGAACCAGCCGCCAAUGAGAAUUCAACAGAAAUAAGAAUUAUCGAAAAUAAAUUAGAUCUCGAUGAGCAAACGGUCGUAAUCGAACAGAAAGAGUCUACUGAAAUAAUCGAAUCGCUUCCCGAAGAGAAACCAGUUAAAAAAACAUUUUGCUCAUUUAAAAAUGGAUGUCUAAUUAAAUAUAUUAGUAUAAUAACUUGUCAAUGGCUCUCAGUAUCGACGAUGAAUUCUUUGAUGUCUUAUCUACUGCCGAGUGUCGUUCAGCAUCGACACAUCAAUUCAACUAUAAAUGCUUUAGUUGAAUUAUUUAUUUACAUUGGACUUUACUUUGUAUUAUCAAAACAUGGAAGACGGCUACCGAUUAUUAUUUUACAAAUAUUUAAUUUUAUUAUAUGUCUUCUAAUUGCUAUUUUGGUAUUUUUACCUUUCACGACAUUAUUUUUGAAUGAUUUAAUUCGAACAAUUUUAUUAUUAUUUGGAAGAGUAACAGCUUUAAGUACACUCGCAACAAUUUAUUUAUACACAAGUGAAUUAUUUCCUACUGUGAUACGCGGCACUUGUCUUGGAUUAUUCAUAAUAAUAUCAACAAUCGGUGGUAUAAGCGGACCCUACAUUUUAAUACUAGUAAAUAAUUUGAGCGGUCCGUUAAUUUUCAUCGGAAGUUUUAGUCUCGCAUCUGCAAUACUUUGUUUCCUGUUACCCGAAACAAUAGAUCAUUGUUUGCCGGACCAUCUCAAAGAUAUGAAUAAUCUCAAGUGUGAUAAAAGCUACAAAAUAAAUGUAACCGGAAGUGAAGAUAAGAUAAUGGAGCAAGAGAUAUUGAGGGAGAAACUUUUUUCAGAAGACUGGGUCGACGCAGGUAAUGGAAUAAUUGUUAAUUUUACAGAGAAUAAAAAUUAA